AUGAAGUUUGCAAAAACAUUAGAACGUACCUUAGAACAGCAAGAGAUCCCUCAGCAAUGGAUAGAAGCAGCUAUCCAGUAUAAGGCCCUCAAGAAAUGUAUCAAUAAAGUGGUUAAUGAGUUGGAAUUCUUGGGGUUACAAAAAAACACUUUGAAGUUGUUGCUCAACGACAAAGUGGUAGAAGUGAAUGAUUGUGAGACCAGUCCUGGGAACCCAAUAAUAGCAGAGUAUAUUUUAAGUAAAACCUCACUUGAGUCCCAUAAUAUCAAACCUAUGUUGAAGAUUACUUUGGAUUAUUCAAACGAUGAAAUCUCCCAUGAUCAUGUUGUUGAGUUAGGCAAAGAGUUGAAACAAAAACUCGAAAAUUUUUUGAACAAUGAUGAUUCUGACUCAGAAGAAGAGAAUAGAUUCAUUGAGUUGCAAGAAGAUGAUGGAGGUGAUUUGAAAAUUGUUCAAAGUAGGGAAAACUCGUUAUCUCCACCAACUUCACCACCUGUUUCUCCGCCCGUUUCUCCAAAGUUGAAAGUUACAGAAACAUCAAACAAUAAUAUCGAUGAAGCAUUAUUAACCCCAGUGGAUAAUCACAAAAAGCAUGAAGUUUAUAUUAUGUUGAAUUCUGAUUCAAAAUUUUUUGACAUGUUGGAUGAAGAGUUGCAUAGUUUGGAUGAGUUGAGACAAAAUGAAGAAGAGAAAAUCAUCCAAGAAGUUAAAGUGCUUGCUAAAAAAGUUGAAGGCUUCCGAUCCAAACAAUCAGAAUUGUACAAAUGGAGAGAGUUAUUCAGAAUGUAUCUUGAUUCAGAAGUAUAUUUCAAAUACAAUGAUACCGAAUUACGAUCACAACAAAGAAACGGUGAACAAAUUAAACAAAAUUUAGAUCAGUUUAUGACUAAUUUAAAGAGUACAGGUGUUAUCACAAAAUUUAACAAAAAGAACAGUAUGGAAGCAUUUAACGAAUUUAUGGCGAUGAAUUACCAUUUAUUAAAGUUGAUCCAGUUCCAAACCAUCAACAAUGAAGCAUUGCGUAAGAUUCUUAAAAAAUUCGACAAGCAAACCUCAUUAGGUAUCCAAACUACGUUUCCCCAGUUGAUUUCAAAUGACCAUAUAUUCAUGAGUGGUAAAUCGUUAGCUCAAUCGAUUUGUUAUAUUGUUCAACAAUCAGUAAUCAGUAUUAUUCCACAGUUAGAUGACUAUUCGUGCCCUAUUUGUAUGGAAAUUGCUUUCAAACCAAUCCGACUAUCUUGUGGCCAUUUAUUCUGUGUCAGAUGUUUGGUAAAACUUAAAAAAGGUGACAAAACAAGCUGUCCAAUGUGUAGGUGUGAAAAUGCCAUUUUGUAUGCUGAUUCAUCGAAUUUGGAUUUGGAGUCAAUGGAAUUAAUGAAGAAAUAUUUUCCUCGUGAAGUUAAAGCAAAAAUAAGAGAUAGAGACAAAGAACGAUACAAUGAAUUGAAGGGAAAUGCCAGAGGUGGUGAUAAAUGUGUAAUUACAUAG